AUGUAUGCAGUGUACGGUUAGAAAAAGUGGUCAAAAAAUGGUAAAACAUGUUUUGUUCAUCGCUUUGUUUGGGAAUGUUUUAAUGGAAUAAUACCAGAGAACAAGGUAAUUGAUCAUAUUAAUAAUAAUAAACAAGAUAAUAGAUUAUGUAAUUUGCAAUUAAUGACCCAACAACAGAAUUGUCAAAAAUCGGCAAAAAAUCGUGAUUAUACAUUUGCUCCUAAAAAUUGUCAAAAUAAAAACUGCGUCAAAGCUAUUAACCGGACUACACUAGAGAUAACUUACUAUUAA